CGCUGUAAAAUGACCUUUCAACUUUCCCCAUGUUGACCAAAGUUAUGAAUGCAAGGCUGUUUUCUUCGAAUUUUUUUUAGUGUCGUAAGUGAAUCGAAGCUAUGGUAACAUUCGUUUUUAUGUUUACUUUAUAUCAUAACAUGGAUAAAUGAAUAGGGAUGAGUGGUUUGGAGAAGUUAGCAUCGAAUGGAGAUUCGAACCAGGGAACCGGCAAUGGUUGCCAAUCGGAUCCCAAAGAGACAACAACGAACAUCGACGACACAGAAUGUGAACAGCUUCAGCAGUUAAUAUUUGACCUUAUCCGUGGGAUAGAGGAUCCAGAGAAGCCAUCCAAUCUAGAAGACUUGGAUGUGGUUAACGAACAAGAUGUUUUUGUGAAGAAAUGUGGAAAAGAAGAGUUCUUUGUCAGGAUAGAAUUCAUCCCUACAGUUCCCCACUGUUCCCUGGCACCCCUAAUAGGUUUGUGUAUCAGGUCAAAGCUACAGCGAUCACUUACAGAGAAAUACAAGUUGGACAUUUUCAUAAAGAAAGGCACACAUUCCACAGCAGAUGAGAUAAACAAACAGAUAAAUGACAAAGAGAGAAUAGCAGCUGCCAUGGAGAAUCCGAACCUUCGUAAACUGGUGGAGAAGUGUCUGGAGGAGGAGUACUGAUGGAGGACUGACAGCUCCCUGUAGACACAUAGACACCGUAGGAUAAGGAGCCUUCCCUGUGUAAUUACGGCCAUACUGUGAUAAUUGUUAGACUAUGACAAAACUUGUAUCUCCACUUGUACCUGGUGUAAUGUAUAUUGAACAGGUCAAUUUCCACUAUUAACUGGAAGCUGAUUUUGCCCUUUUUUAAAUGAUUAUCUUUGCAGUAUGGACAGGAGUUUUGGAAAUGUUGAGGGACUGUUGAAUGGAAGAGAUAUGGAUUAACAGACAUCACAGGUCUAUAAAUGUCUUUGUCCCUGAACUGAAAUACUUAAUUUAUUAUUUAAAGUUGGAUGUGUAUAAAGUUGUAUGCAAGAAAUCAGGGGUACUGGUAUAAUUAAUCAAGCUACUUAAAUGUGUUUUUAAUUAAAAGUUAAAAGCAAAUAAUAUAUAAUUAAUUAUGGUGUUUUAUGAGGCAGUUGUUCUCUCUGUACCAAAUAGUUUCUCUUGCAUUUGCUGAAAUAGUUCCAGAGACCUUUAUAUAUGAGACACAGGCAACUUGUUCUUAGCCAUCAUAUUAAACAGUAGCCAUAACAGUAUCUGUAUUUAGCACUGUGAUUGUAUAUAUAAUAUAGAAUAUGUGUGGAGAUUUUCUGAAUGAAAAGAAAACAAAUCUCUGGCUUUGCCAUAUUGGAUGAACUCUUGACUGACUCUUGUAUCAAGGUCUCUGAUCAAGACACAAUUUUAAAUAUAAAAACAUCUAAGAUGUAUGAAUAUAUACCUUGUAAGCUGAGCUUAAAUAUGCAAUAUGUGUGAAAAGGUUUUAAAUCUGAACAUUUAUGGAUCAGAGUAUGUUUGAAAAGUUUUCCUCAUCAGUCUCCCAUUUGUAAUGUGUAUUUCUAUCAAAAUUCUAGUUUUAAUCAUCGUUUAAGGUACAUGUAUGUAGAAUAUAUAUGAAAAUCAUGACAGUGAAUGUGUGUUCAUCUUUUAAAUCAUAAUUUAAAAUACACAUGUAAUUGUAUUGAACUGGAAAUUUUAGUUCCCUGGACUCCAUAAAGGGCUUUAACUUACACUACCAAAUCCUCUUAAAAUGUAGGAUCCCAGCAAGUGAUUAAAUUUGUUAUGUUUAUAAAUGUUUUACUAGAUUUAACUUGAAGGAGAACACAAUGCUUGACCUUUCUAUGUAUAUAACAGUGACUGAGAAAUGAAAUGGAAACCUUUUCUUUUAGUAGCUUAUGUAAAGGUCAGAAGUCAGAUUAAGGUCAGAAGUCAAAUUAAGGUCCGAAGUCAAAUUAAGGUCAUAAUUCUAUGACAUCCAUUUUAGGUUGAUUAUAGCAUCUUCUCAUGAUCGACCAAAAGUGUGAAGAUUACAUGUGAACACAUAAUGGUCAGCUGAUGUCUAGGUGAAUCAUUUGCCAAGAUAUGUUUCAGAAAUCUGUUUAUGAUGGGCAUUUGUGGAGAGGGACAGAAAAAGUCAGGUUUGACCAAUCGAAAUGUAUUUUUGCUAUAUUGACACAAAAAUUGGGUUGAUACAACCACUGGUUAAAAAGUUACAAAAUUUUUUAAAUUUUAUUGGUCUAAAGUUCCCAGAUAAUAGUGAGACCAUUGUUUUGGUUAAGAAAACAUUCAUAAAACCUCAUCAAGCUCUUAUUACAUGGAGCAUACAAUUUGAGAAUGAAAUUUGUAACUAUAAGCUAUCCCUUUACAUAUAUAAGUAUUAUCAAAGUCACAUGUUUCUCUGAUUUUAUAAGCUCAUUCUUGACUUUCGUUUACACUUAUUAGAUUUUAGCUGUUGGUUAUGGCUCAGGUCAUGACCUAACUGAACUGAAAAAUGGCAUGUGAUAGAAAGUCAACCAUCAGAAAAUUGUUUUAUUAACAUGUUAAAAUAUACAUGUACAAUGCAUUUCGUCUUGUUAAGAGUUUAAUGUAACACUAUGCCAAUAGCCUAAUAUACACUUAGUAAUACCGUUCUGUAUUGGCCUAGUACCUUGUCAAAAAUUUUGUAUUAGAAAACUACUUACACAGGUAGUAUAAAAUACUGGUAAUAUUCUGAAAUUGUAAAACACUGGAACUGUUUAAAAGUCUACCGACGUGUUGAAUCUAAAUGCAAUAUAAGGUAGUUUUCGUUGUCUUUAAUUUAGAUGGAUGUUGACAUAAUAUUUUAAGAUGAAGGUCUGGUACCUUAAGUAACUUCUGGAUGAUCUCCCUUGGAAUAUAAUAAAAAACUUGUGUAUAGUUUUG